CCGGACCCUGCAUUUGCUAUAUCUGGGUCUCCCAGGACCCUGCAUUCACUAUAUCCGCUCUCCCCGGACCCUGCAUUCACUAUAUCUGGUCUCCCCCUGACCCUGCAUUCACUAUAUCUGGUCUCCCCGGACCCUGCAUUCACUAUAUUUGGUCUCCUCCGCUCCCUGCAUUCAUUGUAUCUUGUCUCCCCGGACCCUGCAUUCACUAUAUCAGGUCUCCCCGGACCCUGCAUUCACUAUAUCAGUCUCCCCGGACCCUGCAUUCACUAUAUCUGGUCUCCCACAGUACAUAGAGCAUGGAUAUGCAAUUAGUUUAAUAAAUAUAAACUGCUUA